AUGGAUAGAAGAACUGAAAUAAACAUAUCUGAAGACAAAAUGCUGAGCCCCCAGUUUGAGUCCACAAACUGUUGCACACCAACCGCUAUCCAUGUUAAGGACGACUUACUACAUGGUUUGGAAGACAGUACAAAUCUAGUGGGUGUUCAACUGAUCUUGAUUUUGGCUUACAGCACCAUUAUUUUCUGUGGUGUGACUGGCAACUCAUUGGUAAUAUAUGUUGUUUACAAAUUCAGAAAUUUACACACAGUUACUAAUUAUUUUAUUGUCAACUUGGCUGUGGCUGACUUGAUGGUCAACACAUUGUGUCUACCUUUUACUUUGAUGUACACACUAUACGGACAGUGGAAAUUUGGACAGGUAAUGUGUUACUUGCUGCCAUUCGCACAAGGCUUAGCAGUGCAUGUUUCUACCAUCACACUCAAUGUAAUAGCACUGGACAGAUACCGUAGCAUUGUCCAUCACACGGAAACCAAGAUGUCCAAAGACAUGUGUGGAGUCGUUAUUGUGGUCACAUGGGUUGCGAGCGCCAUCCUCGCCAGCCCACUGGCGAUUUUUCGCGAAUACGUGACCUUUGACCUAUCACCUGAGCAGUCGAUUCAGGGUUGCGCCGAAAAGUGGCCUGGAAGCAGUGCAGAUGGAACCAUCUACAGCAUUGCCAUGUUUUUACUACAGUAUGGCCUGCCGUUGUGUAUACUUUCAUUUGCCUACAUUCAGAUCUGGAACAAGCUAAGAAAUCACAUUAGUCCUGGUGGAGGCCGUAGCGACCGCCAUCAACGGCGACAGAAAACAACGAAAAUGCUGGUAGCUGUAGUGGUGGUAUUCACCAUCAGUUGGCUUCCCUUUCACGCCUUUCAGCUGGCCGUGGAUAUUGAUAGCAGUGUAUUGGAAAUGAAAGACUUUAAAUUGCUCUACACAGCUUUCCAUAUUAUGGCCAUGUGCUCCACUUUUGCCAAUCCUAUUCUCUAUGGCUGGAUGAACAGGAACUAUAGAAGAUCCUUUGUGGCUGUGUUUAAGUGUGGCAGGUUAAACAGAAUGAGAAGAGUUUGUAGCAGUGAGGCAGUUAGACAAAAAUGUGCAGCACGCAAGGAGCAAAAUCAAAUCGAUGUUACAUCUACACAGGAAAAUGCACUGUAA